GUGUAUCUUUGCCUGCCUACAUCAAUCUGCAAGGGAGUUGCAGAAAAGCCUCAUGUUCAUCGAGCCGUGUGGGCAAGAAAGCUUUUCCUUUAAAACUUUUCAACAAUGGGCAUAAAAUUCUGCAGCUGAGGUCUUGAAGAAUGCAGAUGGGUAUAGUAUGUGUUGGAGCUCGCAGUGUGUAUUGACUAACUUUGUUUCUUUUUUUAUUGUUUAUUUUUUUGCUUUUCUGAUAUUGUCUCGUUUAAGUGGCUCCUGAGUGUAAAAUGUCCUCUGAGGGUGGGCUGUGGGUGGGGAGCACGUGGUGUGUUCCAGGCCAGGACCUGCCAGCUCCUUCCUUGCAGGGCCUGGGAGAGCACACCCUGCAUAGUUGGGUUCCACACCAAACGGACUGAUGGUUCAAUUAGUGCCUGAGCAAAGAGCAGUUGUCUAUAAAUUUUGCCCAGCACAGCCCUCUUUUGUGAUCUGAUAGUGUGGGGUUUGGUAUCUCCUGCCCCUUCUUCACAGUAAGAAAAAGAAAGGGUGGAAAAAAAAAAAUAACAGGUUUUGGCUGGGAGCCAGCCUGUCUGUCUCCUUUUCUCCUCUGGCUGUGCUGCUUCUUUAUGUGGAUGACAGGCCUUGGACAUUGCUUGGCUUGCCAGCACUGUGUUUAACAUGGUGUCCUGGAUGAAUAAAUGCUAAAAUAGUGUUUGUUGCCAAUUAUAAGUGUUCCAGAAUAUCCUGUUGCCCUUUAAGCUUUUUUUUUUUUUUUUUUUUUUUUGAGUAAUUUUGGGGAGCAGGAACACCAAAUAUUUUAAUCUGCAUAUUGAGAUGAAAUGUUCAUGCUGAUGCCUGUGUUCUCUUGGUGUUCUAAUGUCUCCUUAUUUAAACCACACAUGAAUUUCAGGAGAUGAAACCAGACAAAGGGUGAAGUUUACAGACGAUCGUGUGUGCAAGAGUCACCUUCUGGAUUGCUGUCCCCACGAUAUCCUGGCUGGAACACGAAUGGACCUGGGAGAAUGUACAAAGAUCCAUGACUUGGCUCUGCGAGCAGAUUAUGAGAUUGCAAGUAAAGAGAGAGACCUGUUUUUUGAGCUGGAUGCGAUGGAUCACCUGGAAUCCUUCAUUGCAGAGUGCGACAGGAGAACAGAACUGGCCAAGAAACGCCUGGCUGAGACACAGGAAGAGAUCAGUGCUGAAGUGUCUGCAAAGGCAGAGAAAGUCCAUGAGCUGAAUGAAGAUAUUGGAAAACUCCUAGCUAAAGCUGAACAGCUGGGAGCUGAAGGAAAUGUUGAUGAGUCUCAAAAGAUCCUGAUGGAAGUGGAGAAAGUCCGAGCAAAAAAGAAAGAGGCAGAGGAAGAAUACCGAAAUUCAAUGCCUGCAUCCAGUUUCCAGCAGCAGAAGCUGCGUGUGUGUGAAGUCUGUUCAGCAUAUCUAGGUCUCCAUGACAACGACCGGCGUCUUGCUGACCACUUUGGAGGCAAAUUACACUUGGGUUUCAUUCAGAUUCGUGAGAAACUGGAUCAGCUGAGGAAAACAGUGGCAGAAAAGCAAGAGAAGAGAAACCAGGAUCGUUUGAGACGGAGAGAGGAGAGAGAACGAGAGGAGAGGAUGGGCAGACGGUCUGGAUCAAGAAAUAGAGAUCGUCGAAGAUCACGGUCUCGGGAGCGGAGGCGGAGACGCUCCAGAUCAGCCUCCCGGGAACGGCGGAAGUCUCGCUCCCGCUCCCGGGACCGGCACAGGCGCCACCGGAGCCGUUCCCGCAGCCACAGCAGAGGUCACCGCCGGGGCUCCAGAGACAGGAGUUCAAAACACAAAUCUUCUAGAGAUCGAUCUUCAAGAGAAAAAUCCCGAGACAGAGAGAGGAAAGAGAAGAGCUCUUCUGAGAGGCGGCACGAGAGCACAAAUGGCAAAUCUCGUUCCAAGAGGUCAGAAGAGAGAGAAGCUGGCGAGAUCUGAACUCAAACGAUCUGUGUUGCACUGUAAAUAGUCUGAUAAACAUUCUACACAAAGCCUAAAUUUCCCAUUUAUAUUUACUGAAUACAACUCAUCUUUUGUAGUUUGGGAUUUUUAUUGUUUGGCAGAUAGCUGUGAGUUUGUAGAGACACAAGAGUUACGUACUGUUUAACAGGAUUUUGUUUUAGUAGGAAUAAAUAAAUCUGGAUGGAUGGUUUUCAGUCCAGGCCAGUGUGGACACCCCGUGUUUGUCCUGACGCAGCGAGCGCAGCGGUCGGGGCCACGCUGUGCCUGGAGCCCUGAGCUGCCCUGACCUUUGUAACGCUUCAGCCCUUUCCAAAAAACCCACCUGACCCUCUGUGAGCACACCAGUAGCACUGGUUCUCAAUUAUAUUUUUUCUUUCUGUUUAUAUAUGUUAAAAAAAAAAUUCAGAUUUCUUUUUUUUAUUCCUUUUAGUACUUAGCCACCUCAUUUUUAUGUCUCCAGCACUUGAGAGUUGCCUCACUUGCCUAGCUAAGGCAAAAAAGAUAAAAUUUGGCCCUGAUCUAUUCUGAAAGCUGUUCGUCAUUGAGUAUGACCAGAUGAGCUGAAACAUGUUUCUAAGCUGGGCUCGAGUCUGGUUUUAGUACCUUUACAGUUCAGAUAGUUGAGUUGGUGUGAGCAAAGCAGUGGGAAACCUGGCUGCUCUCUUCUCCAGAGAAGCACAGCCACAGCUCACCUGCCUAUUUACUGUGCACUCUGCAGUCAGAGCUUCCCCGCGGGGCUUUCUGACCUGCAGACGGAAGCGUUGGUGUUUUCCGAGGCCAGUCAGGCAGAAUGUGCCGAGGGGCAGAGGUGACUCGGGAUGGAGCCCGUGCCCCUCCCGCGGGAGAGGCUCCAGCCGCGUCCCCACGCGCUGGAGGCCGCUGCCGGUUGCCCCUCGCCGAUUUGUACCUCGGUUUGCUUCCCACGAGGGCAGGGAGGCGCCUGGCUGUGCCAGCCCCAGCCGCGACCCCCGGGCUCGGCAUGUUGUGGGAAUGGUGCGUGCGAAGGCGCUGGCCCCCGCCGAGGGGAGCGGGGCCGCUCGUUCGCUGGGCGAGGCGGUGAAUCGCCGCCGUUAACUGCCGCUCCCAGGGCCGGGCUCCCCCCUCCCUCCGUUCUCUCCUUCCCCCCGAACGCGGCUCCGGUUCCGCGGUGCUCCCCCGGUGUCAGUCCCUAGUGCAUGCCCCCUUCCCUUCCCUGUCCGUUUUUACAAUUAAUUCCGCGGUUUCACGUGUUGUUUUUGUAACCUCCGUGUGGGGCGCGGGGGGCGGCGGGCGCGCGCUCGGGGUGCCUGUACGUGCCUGUGCUGUUCUCCCGCGGUCUGAGCGCAUUAAAGAUCUGUGUUUGUGGCU